GCUGCAUACAUUCCAAAGACAGACUUAGUUAAUCUGUGGCAAGUUGCUCUGGUGCUCACAGUCACUUGUACAAGCCACUGGCUUGUUUCAACUUCCCACAACUUAGGCGCAUUCUUCUGAUCUUGUUUCAGAUAAUUCAUAGUGCAAAAGCAAUUCGAACAGGUUUUCUUUUUAGUUCCAACAAGUGGAAAGACGUUCUCUAGAAGAGAAUUCUCUUGUUUCCACUAAUUAAGACUCGGCCAAGUUGAGCUUAAAAUGAAGCAUUCUCGCGUCUCGUUACUAGUAUUUGGUAUUUCUUUCAUUUGCCUCUUCCUUUGCAUCCAAGCUAGGCGGCAUUACCAUGCACAACACCACAAGCAUAGUCAUCUUCACAAAUCAUCAACCAUUUCAGAACCUCCCACUCCUCCACCUGAACCUGCCUCUCCUCCACCUGAACCUGCCUCUCCUCCACCCGUGCCUGCCUCUCCUCCACCUGAACCUGCCUCUCCUCCACCCGUGCCUGCCUCUCCUCCACCCUUGCCUGCUAAUCCAUCUGGCGGGAGUGGCAACUCUAGUGGAGUUUUUGAUGUACGAAGUUUUGGGGCUAUUGGUGAUGGCAUAACAGAUGAUACGGACGCGUUCAAGAUGGCAUGGGACGCAGCCUGCAACCAAGAUGAUUCUGCUGUCAUCCUUGUUCCUUAUGGUUUCGCAUUCAUGAUCCAAUCUACAAUUUUCACUGGUCCUUGUCAAGGUGGCCUAGUUUUUCAGGUUGAUGGGACUCUUAUGCCACCUGACGGACCUGACUCUUGGCCACAGAAGAACAGCAGGCGUCAAUGGCUUGUAUUUUACAGAAUCAACGAAAUGUCACUUCUAGGAGGUGGUGUGAUAGAUGGCAGAGGAGAGAAAUGGUGGGAUCUUCCUUGUAAACCCCACAAGGGAAUAAAUGGAACAACAAUGCCUGGACCAUGUGAUAGUCCAAUUGCCAUAAGGUUCUUCAUGAGCUCAAACUUAACCGUGCAAGGACUUAAAAUCAAGAAUAGCCCGCAGUUCAACUUCAGAUUUGACAACUGCAAGAAUGUUCAUGUCGAAUCAAUUCACAUUACUGCUCCUGCUUUAAGUCCCAACACAGAUGGAAUUCACAUAGAGAACACCAAUGGUGUGGAAAUAUAUAAUUCAGUGAUCUCUAAUGGCGAUGAUUGUGUAUCAAUCGGGUCAGGUUGUUAUGAUGUGGACAUAAGGAACAUUACAUGUGGACCGGGUCAUGGAAUCAGCAUCGGGAGUCUAGGAAAUCACAAUUCCCGAGCCUGUGUUUCCAAUAUCACAGUCAGGGAUUCGGUGAUUAGAGUCUCGGAUAAUGGAGUAAGGAUCAAGACAUGGCAAGGUGGAUCAGGAGCAGUAUCAGGAAUAACAUUCAGUAAUAUUCACAUGGACAAUGUCAGGAAUCCGAUAAUAAUUGACCAAUUCUACUGCCUCAGCAAGGGAUGCACCAACCAAACAUCUGCUCUUUCAGUAUCAGACAUUCUCUACGAAAACAUAAAAGGAACUUACAACAUUCGAAGCCCACCAAUGCAUUUCGCCUGUAGUGACUCAGUACCAUGUACCAACUUAACACUCUCAGAUGUUGAGCUUCUUCCUGCUGAAGGAGAUUUAGUACUGGAUCCAUAUUGUUGGAAUGCAUAUGGGAAUUUCCGAACUCUAACUAUUCCUCCAGUUUCUUGCUUGAUGGAGGGCAUUCCCAGAUCCAACCUGAAUAAUGAAAUGGAUUAUUGUUGAGCUGCUAGAUUCAUAUGUAAAGUGAUUUCCAUAUUAUAUAUGCAUUUAUAUAAUUGAAAGAGAAACCAUGAACGUGGAGUGGCGUAUUUUGAUCUUCUCCUCAAAUAUAUUAUAAGACAAGUUUAGUUCUUCAA